AUGAAGUUGACAAGAUUUCUUAUGAAGCUCUCCAUGGAGACUGUCCAGAUCGAGCUUAAAAAUGGGACAAUAGUGUCUGGAACAAUUCUCAAUGUCUCUCCCUCAAUGAACAUUUCUUUGAAAAAUGUCAAAAUGACUGUGAAGGAUAGAGAUCCAGUGUUGUUGAACUUUAUUAAUAUCAGGGGGAACAAUAUCAGAUUGGCAAUUCUACCUGAUUCCUUGAACUUAGACACUUUGUUGAUUGACGAGGUUCCUAAAAAAACAAGAAACAGAUUUAAUAGUGCUAAAACCAAACCCAUCAGAUCUUCCAAUGAUAGUAAAUUCAAAAGAGGUGCCAGAGGAGGCAGAGGUGGAAGAGGUGGAAGAAGAGGUGGUAGAUAA